CAAAGGCAUGGGCGCAUGCGCAGCAAGAAAAAGCGGUACGAAUCUGGGACUGGCUCUCUAAGCCGAUGUCACUCAAGCCAAGACGGCUCCGCCCUUCUCAAGAUGGCGCUGCACUCAACACGGAAGGCGCGUGGGUGCUGGAACUUCAUCCGGGCACUUCAUAAAGGACCCGACCCUGCUCCCGCUCCCCAGAAAGAUGCCAUGAAGCGAAUAUUCUCUGGCAUUCAGCCUACAGGAAUCCCCCACCUCGGCAAUUACCUGGGAGCCAUUGAGAGCUGGGUGAAAUUACAGAACGAGCAUGGCUCCGUGCUGUACAGCAUUGUUGACCUACACUCCAUCACUGUCCCUCAAGACCCAGCCGUCCUUCGGCAGAGCAUCUUGGACAUGACGGCUGCUCUUCUCGCCUGCGGCAUAAACCCGGAGAAGAGCAUCCUUUUCCAACAAUCUCAGGUACCUGAACAUACACAAUUAAAUUGGAUCCUUACCUGCAUGGUCAGACUGCCCCGAUUACAACAUUUACACCAGUGGAAGGCAAAGACCACCAAGCAGAAGCACAAUGGAACCAUGGGCCUGCUCACAUACCCAGUGCUCCAGGCAGCUGACGUUCUGUUGUACAAGUCCACACACGUUCCUGUCGGAGAGGAUCAAGUCCAGCACAUGGAGCUGGUUCAGGAUCUAGCACAAGGGUUUAACAAGAAGUAUGGGGAAUUCUUCCCGGUGCCCAAGUCCAUUCUAACAUCGAUGAAGAAAGUGAAAUCGCUCCGGGAUCCUUCUGCCAAAAUGUCGAAAUCAGACCCUGAUAAACUGGCCACCGUCAGAAUAACAGACAGCCCAGAGGAGAUAGUGCAGAAAUUCCGCAAGGCUGUGACAGAUUUCACCUCGGAGGUGACCUACGACCCAGCCAGCCGAGGGGGUGUCUCCAACAUGGUGGCCAUUCAUGCUGCAGUGACAGGACUCCCUGUGGAGGAAGUGGUCCGUCGCAGCACUGGCAUGGACACCGCUCGCUACAAGCUGGUGGUGGCAGAUGCUGUGAUUGAGAAAUUUGCUCCAAUUAAGAGCGAAAUUGAAAAACUGAAGAUGGACAAAGACCACCUAGAGAAGGUUUUACAUGUUGGGUCAGCAAAAGCCAAAGAAUUAGCGUAUCCUGUGUGCCAGGAGGUGAAGAAAUUGGUGGGAUUUCUAUAGGAAAGUUUCAACUAAUCACAAAAAGGCUUUUAUAUCUUGUGGUCUGUGUACUCCGAUAAAGGCAACUUUCCUCACAUGCAAAAAUUGAUAGUUUGGGGACAUUUACUUUGGUAUACCUAAUUAUUGGCUUCAUUUGAUGACUAAUGCUUUGUAGACUUCGAAUAGAGCAAUGUUCUAAAUCUCAUCAACAAAAUGCUGUGGCCAAAGAGAAACAAAGAAGGUACAGCUAUCUGAAUCGUCAUUUAUCUGAGGCACACUCCUUGCCUUGAAUUAAUCCAUGCAAAUGUGAUUGAGGUGGGCAGUAAUUCGGCAAAUGGGGGAUCAUUUGUGUCGCUCUCUGGAGUAUGUAUUUUCAUAGGUGCUCACUUUGUGUAUCCCAACCCUUUUAAAAAGUAAUAUGUAGAGAUCUUAAACUUAAAAUCCUUGGGAUGCAAUUGGGACCAAUUUGUAUUCAGAUCUCAUAAAAAUAAGUUGGUUAUUUUAGUUCAUUCAUUGCUAAGAUGGUGCCUGCCUUAAUGUAUUUAAGCUGCUUGUUUCCCAAGAGACCACAUUGACUGUUCCAACAAGUUAAUUCUUUUUAAUUCAGCAAUACAUGAUAUAAUCUUCUGAGAAGGUUGCAUUAUUUAUUGUACAAAAGCCCAGGUCCGUGGAUUAUGUUCUUAAUAAGUACUUCCUUGCAUUCGUCUCUCAGUUUAAUCUCACCAACCCCCUAUGAAAUACAUAGGACAGGAAGUACCAUUUUACACCUAAGGAAAGUGAGGCUCAGAGAGGACAAUUAACUUGCACAAUAUCACUCAGUAAGUAAGAAGCAAAGCUAAGAUUAAAAUCUUUACUCCUAGAGGCCGGCCUGGUGGUGCAGCAGUUAAGUGCACACGUUCCACUUUGGCGGCUCAGGGUUCGCCGGUUUCGGUCCUGGGUGCAGACAUGGCACCACUUGGCAAGCCAUGCUGUGGUAGGCGUCCAUUAGCUCAGGGCCAGUCUUCCUCAGCAAAAUGAGGAGGAUUGGCAAAAGAAAAACUUUUACUCCUUAUUCCUAAGAGAACUGCUUUUCCAUUGGCACAAAACCCUGAGACGCAGCAUAUUUGAGACUCCAAACAUUCUUAUUUUGAAGGUGGGUCCUGGAAAUAUGAGACCUGAACUACUGAUACUGUUUAUAUCAGCAACUCAACCAAUAGCUGCCUGCUUUAAACCUGGAUUCAGCCAACCUUGGUCACAUUUGCUCCUCAGAAUGCCCAAGGCAGGUCCCGAGUUUUGUCUCCUACACUGAUUGCGCAGAUACUUCAAAGCAUAUUCUGCCAGAAGACAAUAGUAGAGAGGCCUGACAAACCCCAGUGAGUGGAAGAUUCUCAUCUCACCUCUACCUCCGUCUAAGUAAUAGCAAGUCACUCUAAGGCCAAGCUUCUCUGCACUUCCAUUUCCCACACCUGAAAAUGGAAUAGUAAUCCUGACUCACCGCACCAGGGCCUGUUGGCAAGAUUGAUUUGAUUCAUUGCUUGUAAGUUUUUUUGCCAGUGAGUACCAUGAUCGCCAUUUAUACAUAAGAGACUAGUAUGUUGGGCAAAGAAUUUUUGCUCAUGUUUCUUAAGAGAAGGAAGUAGAGUGGUCCUUGUAUCAGAGCAAAUAUAAAUCCACACAACAGUACAUCCCAGAUCCAAAUUACAAGACCGUUUUUGGCUCUUUUCUUGGAAUGGGGUGUCAGUAGUCCUAGAGCCUCUUUGGGCGUAUUUCUUCCAAGCUCUUUUUUUUCCUUUCAAAGGAACCCUAUUAUGAAGUUGGGAAAAUGACAAAAUUAAAGAUGGAUCUAUCGAA